AUGGCGAGCCCCGGGCCGCGGCGGCCGCGCCGCGCCGCCUGCCUCCCGGGCCCCGCGCGCCGGUCCUCCUCCGCUUCCUCCUGCGCCGCCGCCCGCGGGCCUCGGCCGCGCCCCCCGCCCCGCGCCCCGCCGCCCCGGGCAGCCUCAGCUCCGGCCCAUGGGCCGCUCCCCAGCCGCGCAUCCACCGGGGCCCGGGCACCCGGGCCGCCCGGCUUCGACCGCGCGCCGCCGCCGCCGCCGGGGCCCCCGCCUCGCGAAGCCCCGGCGGGCGCGCGGCCGGAGCCCCGGCGGCCCGAGCUGGGCUGGCGGCGACGCGAGCCCCGGGCCCUCGCACCAGUUGCGCCUCGGGCUCUGCGGGCGGCGGGGUGGGAGCUCGCCGCGCGCUCGCGCUCGGAAAGGCACGCCGGGCUCCCCUCCCCGCGCGCCCCUCCCUGCCCACCCUCCGGCCGCGCGGACGCGGUGGCCGCCGCGGCGAGAGCUCCCCCUCCCUGCGGCUCUGCUCAGUCGCCUCCAGAAUGGAGCGCCCCUCCCGAGCGGGGCGCUAAGGCAAACGCGCGCCCGCGGGGCUUUCCCGCGUCCCCAGGCGCCCCAAAGCGGCCGGCCAUGACGCGGCCCCGGGACCGCAGCUGUCGCGCGCCGCCGCUUUGGAGCCUCCCUCCCAGAAACGGAAUGGUCUUUCUCUCCGCGUUUAAUUCAGCGCGAUCGGGGUCCGCAGCGCCAGCGCCGAGACACGCGGUGUCUCCGGCUCGCGCACGCACUCACACUCACACACUCGCACACACUCGCGCGCCCGCACCCCCACGCCCUCCUUGCUCCGGCUCCUAUUACCUCAUCUUCGCCCGCAUCCUCAGCUGUCCGUCAAGGAUGCGGAGCCACGCCCCCGGCGGCCCGGGCCCCGGAGGGGGGCGCCCGCGGCUCACACGCCCCCUGCUGGCCGGGGGCGACGCGUGCGGGUCAGUGGCCACGCACGGCCGCUCGCCUCUAACCUCUGCUCCUGAGACCCGGUGCAAAGGGUUGCAGCGAUUUGGAGGGUGA